AUGUUUGCGAAGCAAGUCUUCGGUUACUUCGCUUUUCAGGUGUUAUUUUUGCAGCUCACUACAGGUAAAUGUCUAAGCUAUUGAAUGAUUCUUGACUACUGAUUUCUUACAGUUUCUGCAAGAGAAGAAACAUUUUGUAAAACAACUUGAUUAUUUAUUCACGUUGCAGUUAAAAAAUGUUCAGGGAGGUUCUAUCUUUUUGAACUGUCAGAAAUGACCGCGAACCCACAAAUUUAAGAAAGUAGAUGAUAGUGAAAAAUGUCUUAACUUUAUGUGUGUAUCCGUUCUUAAAUACAAAUGAUUCCUUGGUAAAGGUUUGUGUUAAGGUCCAUUUCAUUUCAUUUAUGAACUGGGACAUGAAGCAAUCCCUUGGAGUCAAUAUGGAGUGGUUACAAUUAGGUAUAUUUGUCUGUGCAAUGACUGUAUACAAGGUCGAUGAAAGGGAACGCAUACAGAUGACAGGGUAUUACUUCAAUGCAAUUAAAUAAUAUUUAACUUUAAAAUACUUUUAACUUCUUUUGCAUGUAUGGUAUUCAAGCGUAUGUCUUUCAAACUGGGAAGGUGAAUAUUUCUGACACAUCCCAAAACAACCAUGGCUGCCAGACCGUUUCUUUCAAUACUCAGUUCCAGGGUUCUGGAGACGUAAAGGUGUUUGCAACGCUUAGCCACGGAAGCGAACAUGUCAAAAUCCACGACCCAGCGUCUGUUUGGGUGAAGUCAGUGUCCACAUCUGGUUUUGAUGCCUGCGUUCGUGAAGCAGGAAGUGGUUCUGGAGGCGGGUCUGUGAUCAACUGGCUUGCAUUUCAAGGCUCGCACCAAGGCAUUGAUUCAGGAAUCGUUGAAUUUGAUGAAUUCACCUCAAGAACCCAGUGCAAGAAGAUAUCGCUUAGUAUUCAGAAUAAGGUGAGAUGGUAAAGUAGGUGCAUUCAGUCAGUCAUUUUAAGAUACUUAGAGGUGACAAACAACCCAUUCUCACUUGCGCAAAAUCGAUCAGGCAUGGAAGAAGAGGUCUUGAGCCUAAAGCUACAAUCGAGAAUUCGGAAGUCCUAUGCUUUGCUGUCAUGAUUUGUCGCUUAGAAGGAAAUUUGGAAAGUGUCACAUCAGGGUUAUGUAGAAUCCAAGACCGUACAUUUUCAUUCUUCUUUUUUUUUCUGUGUCAUAGAUAAUUGUUCUUUUGUUACUCUGUCUUACUUAGGCGAGACCCCAGGUGUUUGUGACUGUUCUACAUAAACAUUCCGACCGACUAUUUGACGCCAUGAAUAUUUGGCUAGAAGACGUCAAAAAGGAUGGUUUUGUGGUUUGCUUGCGGGAGUUUAUGAGCUUCGACGGCAUCCAUUCGGGUCUCAAAGUGGUAAGUUGAAAUUAGAGAAGUCUGAUGUUCACUAGCCUUUAUUGCUCUUUUCGCGAAUUUACCACACAGGUUUUGCGUGGCAAAGAAGUCUACCUUGGGGUAACUAAAGGGUGUUCCAGUUCAUGUGGCAUGACACACUACACUACUAUGUAUAUCAAAUUCUGUAUCUUGCUCCUUCUUCAAGUUGUAUUACAAAAAUUAAUAUAUCAAAAACAACAGUGACAACAAGGAAAUCGUUUCAGUUAAGUCUUAAAAGCACUUAAAAGUGCUAGUUUAUUUAGGUUAGAUAUACCUGUUCCCAAUGCUUUUUGCAGCACUUCUGUCUGUGGGAGAUUCCUACCUCAGGACGAAGAAUAAUGAUAAUAAUCCUCCGCAAAUCUGCAAAUAAAUGUGUGUAUAUUCUGUUUAUUUUAUUUAUUUAUUUUUUUAUUAUUAUUUUUUUUUUCGUGAAAGAACUGGCUUGCGUAUGAUGUGCUCCCGGCGUCUUGGAAUAUUACUGAAAGAGGAAAGCUUCAUUUUUCUGGACUUGGUGCACCAAAGAAAGGAAACAACUAUGCUUUUUGUCAGGUUGGAAAGACUAACGGUCUUUUAUAUGUAUUUGAUGAGCCUCUGUUUAGUUUAGUUCAGCUCAAGCGAAAACGUGUAUCGCCCAUUUCCGAGAGACACUAUAGCGGUCCGUUUCUAUAAUGAAUGUACGGUUAUCAGUGACAAAAUAGGGUUUAUCGUAUCGUUGAUCUUGAUUUCCGUUGCCCACUAUACUUGAAUUGUACAAUAGUGCAUCCAAUAGCAGUCUUUAUAAACCUUGAUGUUGCACUAUAAUCUCUUUUAUUUAUAUCUUUUGGAAAACUUGCAAAACUUUAAGAGGAAAAACACUUUUACCUAUUGUUAUAGGCAAGUUAAAUAGGAACUGUCUUACAUAACAACGACAGCAACAAACAAAAACGUUAUUGACAGCAAUGAAACCCAUAACACAUACACACUACCUACAUUAGCAAAAGCUAUUGGAGUCAGGCAUUGUACAUGAACUGAUGCCUUUUUAAAUGUCUUAAAUGUUAAAACAAAGAAAAAGACAGAAAGGCCUUUGAAUUAUAAUAGUUUUUCUUAAACCGAGGUCGGAAUAAAAAGGUGAUAAGCUUUGAAUAAGGCUUUAACUAUGCAUUUUUGUGUAAUAAUGGUUCUCAGGAUUAUAAAUUCGAAAAUCCAUCUUACGAGCCUCCCAGUGUCCUCGCGUCUGCCAGACAUGACAACGACACCAGUGCUCUGUGGAUGAAGGCUGAUGGUCGUUUUAGCAACGCUUUAAAUGUUUGGAUCGAGGUAAGUAAUUUUCUAGACCAUAUACAGCCAUUUAUCUUUCCUCAUUUAUUGAAACUGAUUUUAGGGUUCUGUUUUCAAUUACCUCCACACUCCAAGUAACUGAGUAAAAAUAAAUUAAGCGCUCGAAAUGGCUGCACCGCUUUUAAAUUUGACUUGAGUCAAAUUCCUCAGUCAUUACUGUCGUUUCAACCACGGUUUUGUACCAAGCAAUUUUUUAAUAUUUUUUAUUUAAUGUCAAAUGUGGGCUGGAAAAAAACUGGCGAAUAAAAGAACUUCAUUCAAUUUCAGUAAAAUUGAGUCAGUCGAAAAAAUUGACUUAGAUAAUUCUAAAAGGUUAUUUUCUACACAUACUUUUCUUGCGUUUGGAAUUCUCACCCCACAAUAGAAAUACCCACUCUUUAAAAAUCUAGGAACUAGGAACCUACUUAAGACGCAGAAAGCUUCACUUUUUUUCUCAUUUUACUUGGAUAGACUAAGGAAAUUUUUGAACUGCCAGAUAUUUAAUUAUAAAUUUAAUACCUACAAUCGGCGACAAAAUGAGUUGAGACACUUCGCCCAAAAUUAGGCUUUUUUACGUUUUAUGAACUUCAAAAGGAGGAAAUAUAGCUUUCCUCCCCCAUCCCCUCCGUACAAUGUUGUGCCCUUGUUCUAGCUACCUAUAGAAAACAACAAACACCCCAACUUUGAAUGGAGGGGACAGGGGAGGGUGCGGAUUCGUUUGUUCUCCGAAGUCACCCUAUUUAAGUACAAUGUCUCAACAAUUUUGUCGCCGAUUGUAGUUCAUUGUUUAGGAAUUCUAUAAAUGUUUUAUACUUCAGUUUGACUAGAGUAGUAAAUUGAUCGAACUGAACAGUAUUUCUCGCUAAAUUUGUAGCAGUUAUACCUGAAUGAAUUUGUUGUCUUCUAGGAAAUCACUCGUUUGUCUUUCAAAUUGUGCAUCAAGGACAGCCAGGGAAUAAGCAAGUCUCACGAUCCAGUUACAGUGGACUAUGCAAUUGUGGGAGGUAAUUUGUUGUUUGCAUUGCAUCCAAAAGAAGAAACUUUAGUCAAGAUAACAAGCAAUUUUUAAAACCGAAAAAAGAAAAGAAAAACGAAAAAGGACAAGUUUUUUGGACAUAUACACAUGUAGUGAAGCUCUUAAAAAACGUAGUCUUUUAUAAUUCUUCUGACUUAAGUCUCGCCCCGCAUGCCGAAUGGGGCAAUAUUUUUCCCAAAAAUGUAUUAUUUUAAGCACUUUUUGCUUCAGGAAGAUUUCCAAUAGGAGUUGAGGGAAAAAAUUGGUUAAAUUCCUGUCGUAAGAAGUGAUUUUGUAUUUUGUCUCAAAGAUAUUGACCCGUGCACAAAUGUUACUUGCGAUUACCAUGCCAUCUGCAAAACUUUCUCUGCUUUUGAUGCCCGAUGCGUUUGUGAUGACAAUUGUCCGUCAUAUGAGGAGCCGGUGUGUUCAUCCAACUCGACAACAUUCAAGAACAAGUGCUUUUGUCUGCUGGACAUUUGCCAACGCAAAAGCAACCACACCCUUUAUCAUCCUGGAAGCUGUACAGGUAGAAUUCUUACUAGGCUUUUUUUACAUUACUUCUUUUUUGCCUACUGCAAAGCAUGAGACGAUCCACUAGGCCUGGGUCAGAAUUAAAUAUUGCUUUUGUUUCCGCCUUCUCAGCGCAUGUCCCUCUUACUCCCUGCACACACAUACUCCCCAUCACCAUAGAUGAAUUGACAGAGAAAUUCAUAACGGCCUUUUCUUUUAUCAUUAGCUCUUGAUGUCUCUUUGGCUUACUUUGUUAAUUUGUUAAUCUAAUGUGCUGGAUACGAGCUACCUGGAUGUAUCACUUUACAGGGCAUUUAAUCCUGGCAUUGAAGCAAAAACUCUUUCUUGUUCCUCUAUCCUUAUUUGCUUUAACUGUUUGCAUUUGUAUACUUCUUUAGGCUUUCCAGUUCAGACCGGGCGGGUUUCACUCAUAAGACGGGUAAAAUCAGCUGAGACGGCCUGUAAAGUGGUGAAAUUUUCACCAUUCUCCUUCUAUCCAGACAAAGAAGUACACGUGCAAAUAACGACCAAUCACUGGAACAUCAGCAGGUAA